AUUUCUUCCUUCACUUCACCUUACCUCGCUUGCCUUUCUUGAAGCGGUAAAGGUUUCGUGUCCUAUCAUCCUUCUUUUAGGCGGAGAAAACCGAUUCUGAUUGUUCGCAUUCCACUCAUCAGCUGGGGAGAUGGCUGAGCCCGCUACUAGUGCUCCACCGCCGUCAGAAACUUUAGGAAAUGGCAAUGCUGCUCUGCCACGACCUCCUAUGCAAAUGGGAGGGAACAUGCCGCCGAUGGGACCACCCUAUCAGGGACCUCCACCCGGAAUGGGGAUGAUGAUGGCCCCGCCACCUCGUAUGGGUCCAGGUCCUGGUAUGAUGCCUCCUGGUGGUCCUAUGUCUGUUGGUAUGCCAACACCACCGAUGGGAAGCGUGAUGAUGCGUCCUCCCAAUUUACCACCCGCUCCUGGUCCGGGCAUGCCCGCACCUUCUCCCAUCGUUGAUAAGAAUGGUGAAAUGUGGCUGGAGCACAAGGCACCCGAUGGUCGGACAUACUACGGCAAUGUACGCACGCGCCAAACCAUCUGGACCAGACCUGAGCAAGCGGAUCCUAACAAGCCCCCUCCGCCUGUGCCCAACCCUGGACCGCCCCCAGGUGGUCCUCCUCCCAUGUCGUCAGGUGGCCCUCCACCCAUGCAGCCAGUGGGUAACAGUGAUGGACCACCGAUGGCGAUGGGAAUGCAACAGCCUCCGCCAAUGAUGGGUCCACCAGGUGGUGUUCCAAUGGGUAUGCCAAUGAGUAUGCCGCCAAUGCAAGCUGGUCCGCCGCCAGGUGCCAUGCCUAUGAUGAUGCCACCUCGUCCUGCCAUGCCUUUGAUGGCUGGUGGCCCUCCGCCGAUGGCAGCCAUGCCUCCGUUCCCCACUCCACCCGGUGGCAAUCCUAUCCCGCCCGGUGCCCAGGCACGCGUGUGGUCUGAGCACAAGCACCCCGAUGGCCGCACUUACUACUACAACCGACUUACGACCAAGUCAGAGUGGAAGAAACCCGAGGACUUCGACACUGCAAUGGCUCCCAUCACACAGGUACCGAUCCCACCUCCUACCUCCGGCAAGCCGGACAAUGAUGAUGCCAGCAAGGACGACGCAGACGAGAAGAAAGAUGAUGCUGAUGAGCCGAAAGACAAAGACGCAGACAAGAGUGAAGAAAACGGCAGUGAAGAGAAGAUGGAUGCAGAUGAGAAAGAUGAGAAGCCAUCUGAGCCUACACGCCCCAUUGCCACCAAACCUGUUCCAGGCCAUGCUCCCUGGGUUAUUGUCUUCACCAGCGAUGAUCGUGUCUUCUUCUUCAACCAGUCUAACAGUCAGUCUUUCUGGUCUAUCCCUGAGGAGCUGCAGGGGAUUGAUAAUUUGGAGGAAUUGAUGAAAACUCCCCGUCAGCGAGCAGAACAAGAAGCGGCACGACGAGCUGCAGAUAGAGAAGCUGAAGUAACCAAGCGUCCAGCAGAUGCCACGGGCGAGCCACCAGCCAAAAGGCCUGCUCUUGACACGUCUCUGGAUCCAAAGGAAGAAGGUUUAACGAUUGAGCAGCGUGCACAGCGCAUGCGUGCAACGUUGACACUAGAGGAGCGCCAGCAAGAGUUCAAAGCUUUGCUUGCAGAGAAAAAGGUGUCUGCAUUCUCCACAUGGGAGAGGGAGCUUAGUAAGCUGGUGUGUGACAUUCGCUACCUGUUGCUAAGUGCUAAGGAGCGCAAGGUUGCCUUUGACCAGUACUUGCGUACACGUGCCGAGGAGGAGCGGAAAGAAAAGAAAGACCAGCACAAGGGAAAACGCGCUGACUUCCGGACUCUUCUAGAGGAAGCUGAUAUCUCCACAAAACGUGCUUCUUUCAGUGACUUUGCUAUGAAGCAUGGGCGUGAUAAGCGGUUCAAGGCUAUCGACAGGAUGAAGGAACGCGAGAACCUCUUCCAUGAUUUCGUUGAAGAACAAUUGCAGCGUCUAGAGAAAAUUCGCAAUGAAGAGGCGAGCUCUGCAGAGAAGGCGGAGAAAGAGUUCCUUCAAAUGUUAAAAGAGGACACCAAUUUGUCUGCUAGAUCACAUUGGAAGAAAAUCAAAGACGACUUCAAGGAUGAUGACCGUUACCAUGUAGUCGAUGGUUCUGACAAACGCGAGGAGCUCUUCAAGAAGUAUCGUCAGCGUCUGAUUGAUGAGAAGGAAGCUAAGGAAAUGCAAGAGCGGGAGAGAGAGGACAGGAUCGCAGCUAGCAUCAAGGAGCGAGCACGCCAAGUCGAGCUUGCCCGAAGCGAGCACCAGCGGGAAGUGGAGAUCGGUCGCUCUAAUCACAUCAAAGAAGAGGCUGAGCAAGCCAUGAAGGCCUUGUUGGCUGACCUGGUACGGGAUGCUAGUACAGACUGGGACGCCGCUGGAUCUGUACUUCGCCGUGACCAUCGCUGGAAGAACCUUGAUGCGCUUACAAGGGAAAGGAAGGAGAAGAUAUUUGAUGACCACUGCGCUGAUUUGCGUAGCAGGAAGCGGACAUACUACAAUCGCCUGUUGAAUGAAAUCCCUGGGCUGACACUUGGAACAACCUGGAAGGAAGUGAAAAAGAUAAUCCGUUCUGAUUCGAAGUACGACAAAUUUGCCAAUGAUCCCGGUCGCAAAGAAGAGUUCCAGCGAUUCCUCCGUGACAAGACAUCAUCAGCUCGUGAUGCAUACCGGAAACUCCUGCAAGAAACACGUGUUGUCACGCACAAAUCAAGAGAAUUAUGGCAUAGCAGUGAAUCGUAUCAGAAGGAAAUCCUUGGCCAGUUGGAGAAAGACAGUCGCCACUUGAUUAUGGACUCCAUUGCAGAGGAAAGAGACGAAAUGCUUCAAGCACACAUGAAAGAAUUGCAGCAGCGUGGUCCCCCGCCACCACCCACAGCAUCCGACAGCACUGCCAGAUACGCAAGAAAGAGAUGAAAAUAUACUGUGCUGAUUGA